GAUUCCUGGGAGAGCAGAGCAACAAGCGCAGCAAUACCGCAAGGCUAUGACAUGACUAUGAGGAAUUUAGACUCGUCACUAGGAAUGAUCAAUUUGUUUGUUUUUUGACACUGGCAUUCACUGUAAUAUAUUUCAAAAAAUAAAAUGUGAAGGUUUGGACUGGAGUUUACAAACUAUAACCGGGUCGGUGGCAGCUCCGCAUGACGUCAGAGGCGCUGGUGUGCUGGACAGUUCUCAGAAUAUAAUUCUUGGAAUUGGCGAAUUUUAAAAGCCAAACCCACAGACUUUCCUUCACACGCUUAGAACCCAUUCUAGUGGCAACACUCAUCGCACUGCUGCUCUGUAUUCUAUUUGUCUAAAUUAUACAUUUAUUAUAUUGCUUUUGAAUUAGUUAAUUACAGACCGUCUAUUAACAUAUGGGAUAUUCGGACACAACUUCUCUAUUCACUGAACAGAUGCGUGGGACAUUCAGAACAAAAUAAACACAUUCCUUUGUUUCGACCGGCUUUAUUUUCGUAAAACCGCUAUGGAAUUAGACUAGUAUGGGAUAUUGAAGACUCACCAUCAUGAUUCUUUGUGUUCAGAGCCCUAGACCACUGCUGUCUGGUACACCCACAGAGGGCCACCUAGGAAUGAGGACAGGGAGCGUCUCCUCCCCUCACUGCAUUCACAGCACCUCUCCGCAGUGGGACCCCACUAAAGACCUGCGCACCAUCGCCAACAACACAUUCUACCUUGAUACCUCAGGCUGGUACUGGGGAGCCAUCACAGCAGGUCAGGCCCAUGAAGCUCUGCAGGCAGCGUCAGAAGGGGCCUUUCUGAUUCGAGACAGCAGCCAUCCCCUGUACAUGCUGACCCUGUCUGUUAGGACUGCCCGUGGCCCCACCAGUAUACGCAUCCAGUACAGUGGAGCCCGGUUUCUGCUAGACUCCAGCUCGCCAGCCCGGCCCAGCCUUCUGUCCUUCCCUGACGUGCCGAGCAUGGUGCAGUACUAUGUGGGACCAGGGAGGAAGGUGCAGCAGGGGAAGGUGGAGGAAACUCAUGGUGGCAAGCCUGCCCAGAGGACAGUUCAGGAGAGCACAGUACUGCUGAAGCUCAAGCGGGCCCUGCACAAGCCCCAGGCCUUCCCCUCCCUACAGCACCUUGCACGCCUCACCAUCAACUGCAGCACAGACUGUCCUGACCAACUGCCUCUGCCACGCCCACUGGUGCGCUUCCUGCAGGACUACCCGUUCCAGGUAUGAGGGUCCUGUGAUCUGCACCCCUGUGGAGGGCAGAGCUGAAUUAAACGAAACCGUUCAACUAAAUCUCGAGGAGCGCUGUCAGAAAUUGGUCCCUGUCAGCUGGAAACCUCAUCACUGCACUGGUCAGUAAUAAUGCCACAUCGGACACAUGGUUGGUCAUGAGACCAUGUCUGGGAAAGAACCUUUCAGAAAAUGGUGUCUCGUUAUUUCUCAGAGGGGGAAGUGGAGUUCUGCGAACCCCGCCGCAUGAGGUUCACUGGAAAACAAAACGUGGUGCGAACUGUAGUGUAGCCCCGUGCUAUGAGGGAUAUGCUCCCCACCCUCUUGCUGUGGCAGUGAAUUGUUUUCCAGUGAGAUGCAUUUUCAAUGUUUUAUUUUGGUCAUUUUUUACCCCCCCCCGACUCUGUACAUAUCCCUUUUUCUAUAAAAAAUAAUCUUCAACAUGA